AUGAAUGCCCACGAUCUCGCUCGCUGGACGCGUUUCGCAGGCAAGGGCGGUAUCGGGAAGUGUACCGCCGUUGUGGACUGCGUCGCGCAGGAAAUGGGUGAGGACUUGAUGUUUCUGAAGGACGACGAAAUUACUGUGUUAAUGCAACUCCCAGAGGAGGGGUUUUACCUGGGCCACUGUGAGGGCGUCGUGGGUCGCUUCUCAGCCAAAGAUGUGCGUUUCCAUGGGAAACUCAAGAAGCCCGUCAUGACGAAGAGGACAAGUGUUGCUAGU